AGAAGCCCCGCCCCCUGGGGCGCACGGUGGGCGGAGCCUGUGCCGCAAGACUGGGAUCCGGAAGUCGGAACCUAGCCGUGCUAGCGCAGCCUCUGGGCCGAGCGUGUUCAGCUCACUUCUUCUCGUGGAUCUACGCCGGAAGUGGAGGAGGAAAGCCUGCAGAUUUGAACCUACCUCAAGCUGGUCAUCAUGAUGAAACUUAGACGCAAAAAUAAGAAGCCAGGCAAAGUUUCCAAAGGUUAUAAGAAGAAUGGGAAAAAAGCAACCUCCAAGGUGGCCUCUACUCUCCAGUUUGUUCACGCCAAUGCUCAUGCCAGCCGGGAGGCUGAAUUAAAGAAGAAGAGGAUUGAGGAGAUGAGGGAGAAGCAGCAGGUUGCCCGAGAGCAAGAGAGACACAGACACAGGACCAUCGAGAGCUACUGUCAAGAUGUCCAGCAGCGCCAAGAGGAGUUUGAGCGCAAGGAGGAAGUUUUGCAGGAAUUAAAUAUGUUUCCUCAGCUGGAUGAUGAGGCCACAAGGAAGGCUUAUUACAAGGAGUUCCGUAAGGUGGUGGAAUACUCUGAUGUGAUCCUGGAAGUCCUGGAUGCCAGAGACCCACUGGGCUGCCGUUGCUUCCAAAUGGAGGAGGCGGUCCUGCAGGCAGAAGGCAACAAGAAGCUGGUCCUGGUCUUGAACAAGAUUGACCUGGUCCCGAAGGAGGUUAUAGAGAAGUGGCUGGAUUACCUUCAGAAUGAGCUGCCAACUGUGGCUUUCAAGGCCAGCACCCAGCAUCAGGUCAAAAACCUGAGUCGUUGCAGUGUGCCAGUGGAGCAGGCUUCUGAGUCACUGCUGAAAAGCAGAGCCUGCUUUGGAGCUGAAAACCUCAUGAGGGUUCUGGGGAACUAUUGCCGCCUUGGUGAAGUGCGCACCCAUAUCCGUGUAGGCGUUGUGGGCCUUCCCAAUGUUGGGAAGAGCAGCCUGAUCAAUAGCCUGAAGCGCAGCCGUGCAUGCAGUGUGGGAGCCGUUCCUGGUGUCACUAAGUUCAUGCAGGAGGUCUACCUGGACAAGUUCAUCAGGCUGCUGGAUGCCCCAGGAAUUGUCCCAGGACCCAACUCGGAGGUGGGCACCAUCCUGCGCAACUGCGUCCGUGUGCAGAAGCUGGCAGACCCCAUGACCCCAGUGGAGACCAUCCUGCAACGCUGCAACCUGGAGGAUGUAUCCAACUAUUAUGGCAUCUCAGAGUUCCAGACCACUGAGCACUUUCUGACUGCGGUGGCCCAUCGCUUGGGGAAGAAGAAGAAGGGAGGCAUAUACAGUCAGGAGGAGGCAGCCAAAGCAGUCCUGGCUGACUGGGUGAGUGGGAAGAUCAGCUUCUACACACUACCACCCGCCACCCACACUCUGCCCACCCAUCUCAGUGCUGAGAUCGUUAAGGAGAUGACUGAGGUCUUCGACAUUGAGGAUACCGAGCAGGCCAAUGAAGACACCAUGGAAUGCUUGGCCACUGGAGAAUCUGAUGAGUUGUUGGGUGACAUGGACCCGCUCGAAAUGGAUAUCAAGUGGCUCCAUUCUCCGAUGGUGAAAAUAGCAGAUGCCAUGGAAAAUAAAACCACUGUGUAUAAGAUUGGAGAGCUCACUGGGUAUUGCACCAUUCCGAAUCGUCAUCAGAUGGGGUGGGCUAAGCGCAAUGUGGACUGCUACCCCAGGAAUGUCUGCCCAGUGGACCGCCGCCCAAUGCUGCAGAGGAUCAUGGAGACAGACCCCCUGCAGCAGGGCCAGGCUCUGGCAUCUGCCUUGAAGAAUAAGAAGAAGAUACAGAAGCGUACAGAUAAACUUGCCAGUAAGCUGUCUGAUUCCAUGAUGUCUGUCCUCGACCUCUCUGGCAACGCUGAUGACAGUGCUAGUGACUGAUUGACUGAUCUCCCCCCCUCCCCCCUCAAGGAACAGUUCCAAAGGAA